UAGUGCCGACGACUCUGCCAAGCUUGAAUUGACCUCUCAGCACAUUUUGGUCGCUUAGCCAGACAAUGUCCCCAACAGUGACGUUUCUUUGUGCAGUGUGCCACUUGCUCCUUACAAACAAGUUGGGGCCAGCUAGUUGACUCCAAUGCCUCCAGAACUUGGUAACCUUUGACUGCAUUGCUCUGAGUCUUUUGUAGGGAUAGCUGGAAAAGUCGAAUGUUUUGAUAUCCCCACUUUGAGACGCUCGACCAAGUAGGAGCGUAUUGGGUGUGAUAUAUUGAAUACAGUCCUCCCGGCUCUGUACCCUGGCGUCAAUUGGGCGGUCAUUUGCCAGGCUGGCUGCUAUGUGAAGAGUUGUCUCAAACUCACUGUAGCUGAGCACAGACUCCUUUCCAAGGCUCUGAAGUGCUCUCUUUACAAUAUGUACAGCAGCUUCUGAAGCACCAUUCCUGUGUGGAGAAUCAGCCGGAUGGAUUUUCCACAUCCACUCUGUUCCAUCUUUUGCUGCCGUGUCCUCCAGGGCUGAUUUGUUCAGGCCAUCCAAGAAUCUGUACAGCUCCUCCAAGACUGGCUUUGCUCCAAUGAAGUUGGUGCCCGGAUCUGACCAAAUCUUUCUUGGAUGCCCCCUGAUUGCCGUGAACCUUUGAUAGGCCAUCAGGAACCCUUCAGUCGAUAGGGUGUUUACCACUUCUGUGUGGAUGGCUUUGCUGGCCGUACAGCAAAAGACAACCCCCCAGACUUUUAGUGUCACUCUUUUCUUGACGUCAUCUUUUACUUGGUACGGGCCCGAAAAGGUCUAUGGUUGUGAAUUCAAAAGGAGCAGCAGGUUCAGUUCUUUCUGGCGUGAGAAGCUGUUUGAAUAAUCUCGACCAAGUGCGGGUGACUGAGACGGUGUCCACAAUGGAGGGAAUGGGAGAUGAAGAUUCAUCUGAAGAUCUUAACCCUGCAGCAGCAGAGAACAUUCCAUCAACUCCAUCGUCCGACGGCAAAGUGAGAAGCUGUUUGAAUAAUCUCGACCAAGUGUGGAUGACUGAGACGGUGUCCGCAAUGGAGGGAGUGGGUGAUGAAGAUUCAUCUGAAGAUCUUUACCGUGCAGCAGCAGAGAACACUCCAUCGACUCCAUCGUCUGACGGCAAAGGUGACUGUCAACAUACAAGUGAGCCAAGCCCCACUGUGAAGAUGACAGACCAUCGUGGCAAUAGCAAGUCUGUCCACACAAAGACACAACUGGAGAUCUUAUUGGAGGAUCUGGGGUUGGAGCAGCUCUACCCAGAGAAGCUAUCCCUGAGCAAAAUACUUCAGCUUGACAAGAAGUCCAUUAAUGAUGAACCUGCGAAGCGUAACUCAGAUCUUCCAUGGUAUUUUAUGAAGAAACUGAUGAUGGUUAAUGUGACAGCUAGGAAUGUGAAAUGUGCAUCAGCAUGUGAAUCAAACUGUGAUGCUGCAUCAGAAAAGACGGAGUUAGAUUUUGAUGAUCUGUUUGACAGUUUGCAUUCAGGUGACAUGCUAAACCCCCUUGACAUAAUCACUGCUCUCUUUCUGUGUUCUGAUGGUUUUGUACAGCAGGAAAUGGCCCUCAAAAUGUCUAUGUGUCAGUUUUCUGUGCCUCUGUUGCUUCCCAAUUGUGACACAAAGCAGUGCACACUCAUGCUUUGGGCCAUGAGAGACAUUGUUAAAAAGUACAGACCUCAGUCACUUUCAGAAUCCAAGGGCUUUAUUGAGGACAGAAUUGUUCUCUCUAAACUUCCAAUGAUAUCUUUUGUGAGACUGGGUCAGUGCUCCCUGUCCAAGUCAGAGAUCCUCAAUAAGCUUCUGAGCAAUUCUCAGCAGUACCACGACACCUUUGUUCAUCAUAAUAUGGAGUGUGGUGACAGUCCAAGGAGAAUAUCCGAUGGAUUGGCUGAAAUAACUUGGUACCUUCCUUGUGGGAACAAAAACAUGGAUGUCUUCAGUGAGCCAGUAGCUGUAGCUAACCUUCGUGGGGACGUUGCUUCAUUUGAAACACAAUUUUCUUUUUUGUGUCAGACAUCUGCAGCAGUUUUUGUGUUCUUUGACACUUUGGAUUCUGAUAGCAAGCUACUUACCAACCAACAACACAAGGCACAGAUCUUCUUGGUGGGUAACCAUCAAAGCAAAGGCUUCAGUACAGAUGCUCUAAAAAAGGUAGCGACCAAGUUGGGCUUGACUAAGAGCAACGUCCUUUUGAAGGGUAAGCACAUGAAUGAUUCAGACUUUGUGAAGGAUUUGCGGAAAAAAGUCAGCAAUGUACUUGAGAACUCAAAGAUGAAGAUGGGAGUUGAGCAGAUGGCUGACAUUGCCCAUGAACUGGGCAUCUGGGUGGAUGAAGACUCUUCAGACUGCCAGACUGCCAAGAAAAAUGCAGAUGCCAUCACUGCUGAAAUUCAAGACAUCCUUAAAUACAAAGAAGCUCAGCUACCCUUGCAAGGCCAAAUAUGGAAGGAACUGGCUCGCUUAGAGAAAGAAGAAGUUCGGCUUAAAAAGGUUGGGUCUAAAAAAAUAGAAGACUACAAAAGUGAUCUUCAGUUACAGAAAACAAAACUUCGAGAGAAACAGAACUCCUAUGAAAUGUCAAAUGCAAUGUCAUGUUUCAUCAAUGCAAUAUCAAGCCGAGGGAUAGAGAGGUGCUAUUUCCUGAAAUGGAUGCGAAUGAACCUCGAUAACAUGUCUCGGGACAAACUGUCUGACCUCAGGGAGCAGUACAAAAAGAAAUGCAAAAACUCUGAGAACAAAGAGGAAAUCAAAGAAAUUGACAGACAACUUUCCAACAGCUCGCUGGGGACUGAACACUUCUUCCGUGAAAUGGGUCAGAUCUAUGAAGCUUCACUUUCCCUCCCAGAAACACACCCAUCACGUCAACAAUUACAGCAUCUGCCCAAACUAUGUGCAGAAUUGUUACGUGAUGGAUUUCCCCUUGAGCUUGUAGAUGGAGAUGCAUCCAACAUACCUCUCAGAUGGGUGAGUGACGUUCUCUCUCAGCUCAACGACUUGGUGUCUCCUAAGAGCAAGAUACUGGUAGCCACAGUACUUGGAGUGCAGAGCACAGGAAAGUCCACUCUCCUCAACACCAUGUUUGGAGUGCAGUUUGCUGUCAGCAGUGGUCGAUGCACUCGAGGUGCCUUUAUGUUGCUCAUCAGAGUAGAUGAAGAUUUCAAAAAAGAAAUCAACUGUGACUUCAUGGUGAUCAUUGACACCGAGGGCUUAAAGUCACCAGAGCUUGCACAACUGGACAAUAGCUAUGAGCAUGACAAUGAGCUUGCAACACUUGUUGUGGGGCUAAGUGAUAUCACCAUCAUCAAUAUUGCAAUGGAGAAUGCAACAGAAAUGAAAGACAUCCUACAAAUAGUUGUGCAUGCUUUCCUCAGGAUGACAGAGGUGGGCAAAAAGCCCAAAUGUCAGUUUGUUCACCAGAAUGUGUCAGAUGUUUCAGCCCAUGAGAAGAACUUACGAGACAGGAAACUGCUCUUGCAACAGUUAAACGAGAUGACCCAGGCAGCAGCCAAAAUGGAAAAGAAAGAGGAGAAUAUGAGCUUCACUGAUGUGAUGGAGUACAAUCCAGACACCGGGAACUGGUACAUUCCUGGACUCUGGAAUGGAAACCCACCAAUGGCACCAGUCAAUGCAGGGUACAGCGAAGCUGUAUAUGAGCUCAAGAAGAACAUAAUCCAAAUUUUGGGAAGAUGUGAGUCAUCUGCUAAUAAUAUCUUGGAGUUCACAGAGUGGAUGAAAAGCCUGUGGAACGCAGUCAAGCAUGAAAACUUCAUCUUCAGCUUCAGAAACAGCCUGGAGGCUGAUGCAUACAUGAAGCUGUGCACAGAAUUCAACAAAUGGGAAUGGGCAUUCAAAAAAGAAAUGUACUCGUGGGUUACAAAUUCUGAAACCAGAAUUUCCAACUUUGGUACAGUUGCUGUGAAAUCUGAGAUAUCUGACAUGACAGAAUUUCUCACAAAUUUGAAAAGUGACGCAUGCACAGUGCUGUCUAAAUGGGAGACAACGCUUCUUGAGAAUCUGGAACAGUACUUCAAGCAAACAGAGGGUCAUGUCUAUCUAGUUGAAGGACACAGAGAGAGCUUUGCAAACAGUGCAAAGAGCCUUCGACGAGAAAUGGAGAACUCCGUGUUAAAUCAGCUCACAGCAGCAGCUGACAUCAGACAGGGAAUGGUGAAACUUGAUAAAAUCAAGGAGAACCACACAAAAGAAUUAGAGGACAGAGUAUGUGUAUUGAUUGAUCAAUGUCGGGAGAAAAAAGUCCAAAUGAAAGAAAAAGAGCUGGACGAUGAAUUUGACAAGAUGUGGAAUGAAACAGAGAAGGAGCUAUCCUUUUCAGAAAUGGAGGUCAAGGACAUUUGCAGCAAUGUGUCUCACCACCUGAGAACAAAUGUAUCGCACAAGGGAAGCCAUGCAUGCGAACUGCUACAUCAGAACAAGCUGCAAGAUUGUGGACUGGAGCCUUUCAAAUACACACCUGAAGGAUUUAUAAGGCGAGCUAUAGACAAAGUGGACGAGUGGUGUGGAAAGUGGUUAAGGUGGCUAUGUCACACAAAGGCUGUACAACAAUUUGCAGACAGCAUCAUAGCGAGUUGCGAACAGCAUGUGAGUGAAAAAAUAGGAAGAAAAAGCAAUUACCACGAAACUUACAUCCAGGAGAUUUUAAACAUGAUUGACGAGAGGCUGGAAAACAACCAGGAUGUUAAGAUAGACAUUGCGUUUGAAGUUUCUCUGAAACAGCACAUCUGUGGAGAUGCAGCCAGACAGUUUCAGAAAAUGCAUCAAGAUUUCUUACAUGCGAAUGAUCCCUACAGGUGUCUGAAUCAAAACAAGGAAAAGUUCCGUGCUGAUUUUAAGGACGUGUUCCAUGAACGAGACCAGUGCCGGAAGAAGGCAGAAGAAUUCACAAACCGCUGCUUGAGGCCUGCAGUCGAAGACUUUGUCAACCGUUCCUUGGGUCCUGACAUCAUUGGUGAAAUGCUGACAAGCCAACAGUUCAGCACACGGAUGUUCUUCCAGUAUUCAGUUUUACUGGAUUUGCUCUCAAAGCGUGACUUCAAAAGCUAUGAAAGCUAUAUCUGCUCAUAUGAGGAGUAUGUAAAGAAACGGAUAAUUGACCAAAUAGUGGAACGCUUCUCGAAUGUGUCUACGGCGUUUGAGUUUGAGGAUCGCCACGUUCAGUCAAGUAUCAACAGAAUAAAUGCUGCUAUCAACAAAGCUAAAACAGAAAAGAGUGACAACUUGAAGACAUUCGUUAAAGAUGUCUGUCAGGAACUUGGUGAUAAACUGGUCAUUUCCCAAGAUGCUCUUGGUGCUUUCAUGAUCCUGAACAAUGCCGACCAGGAACAGUUUGCUCAUUGGCUCACUGAGUGUCUGAAGGACAUGGCAGAAAAGCUGAGAGAGAAGUUAAAAACAACAAGCAUACAAAUGAAACUAAAAAAUCUUCACGUGAAGCCUCAAAACGAGCUUUUCACCGAACUGAUUGGAUGUGGUAGACAGUGUCCAUUCUGCGCAGCACCUUGUGAGGCAGGAGGAAAAGCCCACACUCAGCACUGGACUUCACUACAUCGACCAGAAGGUCUGGGUAAAUUCAGGUGGGAUGGGACAGAAAAACUUGUCACUGACGUAUGCUCUUCCUCUGUGAUCAGUGGCAAUCGCUUCUGCUGCAGUGCCACAAAUGGUGAAUGGCACCCUUACAAGGGUUAUGCAGAAAUUUUCCCAGACUGGAGAAUCGCUUCAGAUGCAAGCCUUCAGGCAUCAGACUACUGGAAAUAUGUAAUGGCAAAAUUCAACGAGAAGUUUGCCGAAGCAUAUAAUGCAAAGCCUGCUGAUAUUCCUUUUACUUGGAAACUGAUCACACGUAAGCAAGCAGAGGAAAGCAUCAAAGAGUCAUUCCGCAUCAAGUGAGAGACCACAUGCUUUGUGGUUACAGAAGCGUACGUUAUCCUCACAGGCAUUCAUUAUCCUCACAUGGAUGUUUUGAUCUCACUUGUAUUAUAUGAUAUAGUGGAGAAUCACAAAUAGUAAGAUUCUGUAUAUAAGAUGACAAGGUUGAAGAUAUUGUGAGUACACCUCGCAACAUGGAGACACAAGAGAAAAUCACUCUCUGAAUCACUUUGAAUCAAUGUACAUGUCAGGGAUAGAGUAAUUAUGAUAUGCGAUUGUUUACUCGAAAGUUAGAAUCUAUUUGUUUUUGUUUCUGAUGCAAAACAUUUACAUUUUCAAUCUAUUAAGAGAUCAUUUAAUCCAAAUGUCAACAUAUAGGUGUAAGUUUUCUUGUUUAUUUAAUUGAGUAUGUUAUUUUCUAUAUUCAAAGUUUGUAAUGUCUUUAUUGUAAUCUCAAUUAAGCAUGUGAUUUAUUUUUUUAAUCAUCAGUCUAUACUGUAUGUGGUAUGGUCAACAUGUAUACAUGACAGAAAGUUUGUUUUGAAAGUAUGAUAUGUAAUUUUUUUUUUUUUUUUACUUUCUGGUAAAGUAUCUGAGGCAAAAUAUUUACUUUUUCCCCUUUUUUAAGACACUGCUCAGUCUUUAUGUGGUAUUGUCAUAACAGAACAGGAUGUUUUUCUUGUGUCAAUGUUACUCGAAAUUUAGAAUCUAUUUGUUUUUGUUUCUGUGAAUAUAUAAAAAUGGCUGAUGCCAAAUACUUACAUUUUCAAAAGAUCAUUCAGUCUAAAUGUCAACAUGUAGUUGCCACAUAUUUACAUUUUUAAGUUCAUGUGAUCUUUAACUGCAAAUUUUAAAUGUUUUUUUUUUUCUGUUAAUCAAACAAAAGAUCAUUCAGUCUACAUGUGGUUUUGUCAACAUGUAUGUAUAACAGAAAGUUUGUUUUAAUCAAGUUAAGUGUGAUAUGUGAUUUUUUUUUUACUUUCUUGUAAAGUAUCUGAUGCAAAAUAUUUACUUUAUUUACCUUUCUUUAAAACACCGCUCAGUCUUUAUGUGGUAUUGUCAGAACAGAACAGUUCAUGUGAGUUGAACGAAAGAUCGUUCAGUAUACAUGUACUGUAUGUAUGACAGAAAGGUUGUUUUAAUCAAGUUGAUAUGUGACCUUUUUUUUAACUCAGAAUUUGGAAUAUCUUUGUUUUUGUUUCUGUAAAGUAUCUGAUUCCACAUAUUUAUAUUUAGAAAGAAAUCAAAAAUAUCAAUAAUCAUAUAUAUUGUUAUGUGUACCUACUCACUUCUGU